GAACACCUACUCCUACACUUAAUUGUCCCCAAAAUGAUAACCAGAAGCGCCAUGAACAGAGAAGUCAUCAUAAUAAUCGUCAAAAGCAUAAACAACAUAAAAAUAAACCUACUUGUGCUCUUAAAGAAACUGAAUGCGAACCUACAACCGUUAUUU